AUUUCCACACACACUGCUCCCUCCAUCCAAUCGAACAUCAUCAGUGUAACAGAAGAGUGCUCAUUAUUUUUAUAAUUAUUUUUCAACAGUGUUUUCUGGUUGACCCAGCAUACAGUAAAUAAUGGAAACAGCUGUGAAGUUCAUCCUCAUUGGAUGUCUGAUACAAGAUGUUUUGGGUGACUUCAAUAUCUCUCUACCAGCGAGGAUAGAAGCUCUAAAAGGAUCCUGUGUUUUCAUACCCUGUACUUUUGAUAUUGAUAGAAAUGUAAAAGAUUACCUCACUAACAGUGUAACACGAAAAUGGUUUAAACGUGGACAUUUCGAUAAUGAAGUGUUUCCCAGCUCAGGAAAGCUCAAAGGAGAAAUAUUUGGCAAACCCACAGACAAAAACUGCACCACCCGCUUUGAUGAUGUCAGACAGUCUGACAGCGGUGAAUAUUACUUCAGAAUUGAAAGCCAAAAUCUGAAAUAUAGCUAUAAAAAAGACUCCACAUCCAGCCAUACCGAAGUCAUAAUUAAUGUCUCAGCGUCUCCAUCUAAACCCACAGUGCAGUUGUAUGAUGAUCAGAUGGAGGUGAAAGUUCAUCAGAAGGUGAUGGAGGACAGUUCUGUGAUUCUGCGCUGCUCUGCAAACAUUUACUGCCCCUAUAAUCCACCAUCUCUCACAUGGAGCUCCUCCCCUAACACACUCAUCCUCAAUGAACAGAAACGUCAGGACCAAACGAAACUCAUCUCUGAUCUGAACUUCAAUAUAACUCAUCUUCAUCAUGGAGUCACUUUCACCUGCACAAUAAAAUACCAGCUGAAGAAACAGAUCCGAACAGAAAAAGCAUCCCUUACACUACGUGUUCAGUAUGCCCCUAAAAACACAUCAGUGACUGUAAAUCCAUCUGGUUCUGUGUUGGAGGGCCAUUCAGUGAAUCUGACCUGCAGCAGUGAUGGAAAUCCACCAGUGCUUAACUAUAACUGGUACAGAGACACUAAAGAACACCUGAAACACCUGCAGACUGGAGACACUCUAACCAUCAUGAUGACCAAUUCGACACACAGUGGUCGAUACUACUGUACAGCUCAAAACAAACAUGGAAAACAAAACUCAUCUGUACUGCUGGAUAUUCAGUAUGCCCCUAAAAACACAUCAGUGACUGUAAAUCCAUCUGGUUCUGUGUUGGAGGGCCGUUCAGUGACUCUGACCUGCAGCAGUGAUGGAAAUCCACCAGUGUUCAACUAUAACUGGUACAGAGACACUGAAGAACAACUGGAACAGUCUGGACAAAAUCUCACCAUCAAUAAAACCAACCUGACGCACAGUGGCCAAUAUUACUGUACAGCUCGGAAUCAAUACGGCACCCAAAACUCAUCUGUACUGCUGGAUAUUCAGUAUGCACCUAAAAUCUCCUCCUCCUCCUCCUGUAGCCAUAGUGACGUAAUCGUGUGUGUCUGUGAGGUUCGUGGAAAUCCGUCUCCUACACUGCAGUGGCAUCUGUCUAGACAUCCCGUCAUUAACUCUACGGGCACGGCCAUCAGUGAAGAGCGAGUUAAGAACACAAGCUUAAGGAAUGUCCUCACCAUCCGUCAAUCACUCAAAGACACGCCCUCUCUGCAGUGUGUCAGCACUAAUGUUCAUGGCACUGCCAGCCAAAAGUUUCAGAUGCUUCUAACUCCACAUCAUAAGCCAGGUUUCCACCAUUCCUCACUGCUUGUUGGAGUUGCUAUUGGCGCAUCAGUGGUGGUGAUGUUUUGGAUCAUGACACAUUUCUACAAACGAAGACAGAACUGCAAACCAAUAGAGACCAGACAAGAUAACAACACCGGAUUCAUUCUGACUCAAAGAGUUGUUGUACAGGACGAAGAAGAAGAAGAGCUUGUUUUUUCCAAUAAAGCCAUGAUGCCACAUGGUGGAGGGUUCACUCAAGAAUCUCUCCAUUAUUCCUUAAUUGACUUCACAAACGCUGAACCAGCGUCAGGAGAGAUUAUUGGCCUCUCAUCUCUGACAACUGAAUACACCGUCAUCCAACAUCAUACAGCAGGAGCACCAGAGGCAGAGAACGACAUCUGAGCAUCUACGAUGGACUCCAAGAAAGAUCAAACCACACAAGACAAGAAGACAAACAUCACAGACGUGUCCUCAGAAGAUGCGACGUAUGAAAAUGUUUACAGAGGCAAGAAAACUGGACCAGACUUGGCCACUCACUCAUCCAAACGUUUAUGGAAAGAUUCAACAACAGAAAGCUAGAUGUUACACUUCUAGAGAGAUUUUAAUGUCUUGAAAAACUUGAAAUCUGUGGCCAGAGAUUGUAUCUGCAGAAAAGGAGGUCAGAAGUUCAUGUCUGUCAUGUACCUGAGUUUAGGUAGUGCAUUUUUCUCAACCAGAUCAGCACUUGGAAACUUACUUGACCUCAGUGUAAGUUUUAUUGAGAAGUUCUAGUGUUAACAGCUUUCAGACAGAAACUUCUCAAUGGGUCCAGAAAGGUAUUCCAGUAUCCCGUUCAUAGAUACAAUAUUAUAUAAAGUGCUGCCUAGUAGGUUUUGUAUAUAUUGCUUUUUAUAAUUGGAUUUAGAGGAUAAUUAUGUCUUUUAAAAAAUCUACUUCCUAUUCAAAAUGUAAUUACUAUUUUUAAAUUAGGUUUAAACAAAAGUUUAUUAUAUCUAUCAUUGCACCAUCUUACUUUAAUUAUAUUUUAACAAUCAAUUGCUUUUUAAGAAUGUACAAGGCAUUCAACACAUCACAACUUCAAGAACAGAGACACAAACCUUUUGUACCUUUUGUGAGUUGUGGAUGAAUUUAAACCUCUAAUGUUGAUAAAAACUUUUGUCUCUGAAAUCCUUCAUCCAAUAUUUUACACAAGUAUAAUAAUAAAUACAAAGACAGAGAACUUAAGAAAUACAAAAGUACACAAAUGCUAUCAAUAUAGACAAAAUCAGUUCAAACCAGUUCCUAAGUAACUACAGACAUUUCCUGCAGUCUGCGUACUGUUCCCUUUUGUUAAAUAUAGAUUGAUUUGUGUUCUAGUCUUUGGCGCAGAACGAAAGUCCAAGUUCUAAAUAAGUGUUCUACAUCGACUUAUCAAGUCAUCAUUACACAAAACCCUGAAGGGUCUUUUGGGUAUUAACCAGGGGUAGGGAUGCACUGAUGUAUCGGCCACUGAUAUUCAUCGGCCAGUUAUUGACCAAAUGAAAACCAUUUAUUUUUAUUAUUUAAUUAAUUAUCAAGACACUUUGUAAAAACUCCUGAAAAUGCACAAUCCUGAAAUAAUGAUGUAGAAGGGUUGGCACUCAGUUCAUUUUGACCCUUUAAUAAAAAGGUUUUCAAGCAAUGUGGGCUUCAUUACAUUUAUCUAUGAUUGGGAAGGUUAAUGUUUUUAAAAUGAAUUGUAUUCCAAAAUUCAACUACCUGCUACAAUCUCUCCCUCUCUUAUUUCAAGCAAUUUGAUAGUAUAGCGAAGUCCUUCAUUUGGAAUGGUAAACAUCCCAGACUGCAUUUCAAUAAGUUACAUAGACCAAUUGACAAAGGUGGGCUAGGCCUACCCAAGAUUUUGUUUUAUUACUAUGCAUUCUGACAUUUGGCUCAUUGGUCACUUCCACCUGAGACAGCCCCUCCCUGGUUUUGUAUUGAACAGGAAGCACUUGCCCCUAUUUCACCAUUGCAAAGCCUCUCAAACUAAUCAGAGAAGUUAAGUUACACCCCGUUAUCUCGCAUUUACACUCGGUAUGGAUAAAAGUGUCCAGAAUGUUUAAAUCAGACAUUUAUUUAAAUGUUGCCUCGAGCAUAUGGCAGAACCCAAGAUUGUGUAUUGGCAAGUCCCCUUUCUGCUGGCUAGAGUGGAUUGUGAGGGGGGUUGCUACACUCGGUGACCUAUAUGAGAGUGGAGUGUUGAGAUCAUUUGAAAAUUUGGUUCAACAUUUUGGGAUCCCCAGACUUCAGUUUUAUAGGUAUGUACAACUGCGCCACCUGCUUUGUACAAUUUUUGGGAGUAGCACACACCUCCCCUAAGGAGGCAGAUGCUUUGGGAGAGGUGAUUGCGGGUUUUGGAAAAGGUCAUGAGGCAUCAGUGUAUUACUCCAUGUUAAUUCAGAGUCUGGGGGAUGGAGCUUUAACUUCCCUCAAGAGAGUAUGGGAGAAAGACUUCAACUUGGCAUUGGAGGAAGGAGUGUGGGCUAGGAUUCUUAAAAACGUUAAGUCUGCAUCUAGAGAUGCAAGGGUGCAUCUUAUACAAUUAAAAAUUUUGCAUAAAUUUUAUUAGACCCCCUCUAGAUUGUACAGGCUUGGUCUUAAAAACACACCCACCUGCUGGAGAUGCCAAUCGGAGGACGGAGACACAACCCAUGUUUUUUGGUGGUGUGUCGAGAUCCAGAAAUUCUGGUUGAAGGUUCAGAAUUUUGUGUGUGACGUGGUAUGCACUCGGGUUUCGUUUUGCCCCAGACUUUGUGUUCUGGGCAAUGGGGUGGUCAUCAAUGUGGGGGAUAGUCAUAUAGAGAACUGGGUUCUGACCUGUGUGAUGAUCGCCAGGCAGGUUAUUCUGAGGGGUUGG